AUGCUUCGGCCCACGGGUGCCUUCGAAGCUCUCGCACGGCAAUGGAGAUCCCAUGUUCAGAUCUUGCUUGUGUUAUGUUUUGUCACCUUUGCAAGUGCCCUUUCUGAUGACAGUUCGGCAAUCUCCGCUGCAGGUACCCCGGUAAACGCUGGUUUUAUCAACGGGACUGCACUUGGGCAAGACUCGCAUUAUCUCUACAAACGUGCAGGAACCAACAGUAGAAGCAAUGUCGUUUAUACAUCGACGUGCUCAGAUGAUCAAAUUACAUACUUGGACAGUUCGCUGAGCGAAGCUAAAGACCUGGUGCGUAUCCAGAUCCUGUUCCAAAACCCAGGCUGA